UUUCGGCCGAAAAAACUAAAUUUCGGCCGAAUUUCGGCCAUCUCGCCUGGGCCCGGUAUAUGGGCCUUUCGUCCGAAUUAUUUGGCCCAGUUUGAAUUUAUUUGCCCGGCCCAGCUUCUAGGGCCUUCAUGUUACGCUUCUGCUCAUAUAAAAGCACGAACGCAAAUGUCCCAACCCUAGAAUCGCUGUUUUUCCUCUCGCUCCUCCUGUGGGCGGCGCCGCCGCUGCGCACAGAACACAUCCUCGCCAGCGUAGCUUCUCCGGCGUCCGGCCAACGCGCUCACUAGCCUCCCGCCUUCCUCCACAUCUCCUCGCCUCCACCCCAUCCAGUUCGUGCCAUUCGCUGCUCCAAGACAAGGGCAUGGCGCUCGGCGGCUGCAGCAACGAAGCUGAUGGUGCACGAGCCAACCAUGAAGGCAGUAGCACGGGGCAGCGACAUCAGCAUGGAGGGCGUCCUCUUGUUUGGGAAGGUAAUGGAACUGCAAAUAGGAGUGGCAGCGGCGACCAGGAUGCAAAUGGAAGUGGUUCCCAAAGACCUUGGAAAGGUAUUACUAUGCUUUGCUUGGUCACACGAUGCUUGGUCACACGAUGGAAGUGGUUCCAUUUGCAUCCUGGUCGCCGCUGCCACUCCUAUUUGCAGUUCCAUUACCUGAAAAUCACAUGACAAAAGAACGACGGUCAGUUAUAAAGAGUAGACAGCUAAGAAAGCAAACCUUUCUUACUAGGGUGUCCUGAUAUGAAUGAGGAACAAAA